AUGAGGCUGGACCGGGGUUUCCAUGCAUUCACUUCACAUCCGAUAUCUGGCGAUCGAGUGCUCACAUGUGCUCUCAAUGACGAGUCUUAUGUCGAUGAAGACAUCGGUUCUCCCUUUUGGGGGCAAUCGGUGGCCGGAUUCGCAGCAAAACGGGUGACCAAAAUGGCGGCCAUUUUGUUGGGAACGGCACUCAAACCACGUUGUCUUCCGGACACGUGCUUUGAGUCUUUGAGCUAUCUUUAGAUGACGAGUCUUAUCGAUGAAAACCAUUUAAUGGUUGGAUUCACUUAAAUGCAGACCAAUCGAGGCAUUUGUCUGAAACUCCAUUUAUAUUUCAUUUGAAAUCUUAAGCCAUUAUCUCUUCUAAUGAUUGAUUUUAUUGUAUAGUUUUGGAUG